UGUGUGCCGGGCCCAAGAUCUCGGUCAGAGUCGGGCUCCUCGGCACGGAGCAGUCCUCGCUGCCUCCCCCUUCGAAGAUCGCGUGAGUCCGCCGUCGCCGCUUCCUCCGGAGAUGGGACGUUCUUCAGACUUGUCGCCGCUGACGCGUCCCACGACGGCGCGCUCGUGCUCCUCCGCAGCGACGAUGGUCCUCGUGCUUGUGCUCGUGGUGCUCGUGCAAACGCCGCCGGCGUUGGCAUUCAACGUGGACCUUCCGACUGCUCUAGUGCACACGGGGCCGGAGGGAUCUAUGUUUGGCUUCGCCGUUUCCCAGCACAGGGAUCGCGGGUUCAGCUGGCUCCUGGUCGGAGCACCCCAGGCGCAGACGGAGCAGCCCGGGGUGAACCGAGGUGGCGCAGUAUUCCGCUGCAACACGGAGGUUGCUGGCAGCUGCCAAACUGUACCCUUUGACCAGCUGGGUUCCACGGAAACGCCCGUCGGAAGGCGCCUGGAGCGGUCUGACGACAAGUCUCACCAGUGGUUCGGCGCCACACUGCAAAGCUCCGGAGAAGACGGUCUUAUCGUGGCCUGUGCUCCCCGAUACGUCUACUUCUCGGUGAAUCUGCGGCGGCGUGAACCAGUGGGCACGUGCUUCGUAUCGCAGAGCUACUUCGCGGGCUUCCAGGAAUACUCGCCGUGCAGGACGUCUGCCUGGGGAGUCCACAGGCAGGGCUCCUGUCAAGCGGGCUUCUCUGCAGCGAUUACGCAGGACGGACGCCGUCUUUACAUGGGUGCUGUAGGCAGCUGGUACUGGCAAGGUCAAGUGUUUUCCCAGGACCUGGCGGUGAGGGAGAACCAUUACAACACCUCAGAGUCCCCGUCCGAACACGACGACAGCUUCCUCGGUUACUCAACAGCCGUGGGCGAAUUCUCUGGGGACAAUGACCCCGACGUGGCGGUUGGAAUGCCCCGUGGCCACGAGCUCGCAGGCAAGGUAGUUCUCUACGACGGAAGGCUGAAACACUUAGGGAAUCUGACCGGAGAACAGAUGGGCUCGUAUUUUGGCUACUCUGUAGCUUCUGCCGACAUCAACGGAGAUGGCCAGGAUGAUUUAAUGGUAGGGGCGCCACUCUUUACGGAGGAAGGUCUCAAGGAUGGCAGCUACGAGCGAGGUCGCGUUUACGUCUACCUCCAGAAUCCGGCUACGCAUGAGCUGGAGCGUUCGAGCAUGUUGGAUGGUGACCAAGCCAAGGGACGCUUCGGCAUGGCACUCUGCUCUCUGGGAGACUUGGAUCACGACGGGUAUCAAGACUUUGCCGUCGGCGCCCCGUACGCCGGCGCGCGUUCCCGAGGCGAGGUCUCCGUGUUCUUGGGCGGACCGCAAGGCGUGCGCGAGGGACCCUCGCAGGUGAUCUCGGCCGAAGACGUGCGCGGAGCCCUCACCACCUUCGGCUUCUCGCUGGCCGGGGGUCUGGACCUGGACGGGAAUGAGUACCCUGAUCUUCUUGUGGGGGCCUAUGAAUCUGAUGCAGCAGUCUAUUUGAGGAGCCGGCCCGUGGUAGACCUGGAGACGAAGCUCAAGGUGGACGGGGAUAACGUGGCGCUGGACGACUCCACCUGCAGUCUGAGAGACGGGUCCCGCGUUCCCUGCUUCGUCGUGACCGUGUGCCUGCGCUACUCCGGCUUGGGCGUGGCACCGACACUUGGAAUCAUCUACGAACUGUCGCUGGAUAGCGAACCUAAAGGACCCCCGAGGGCUUAUCUGCUCGAAGAAGAACACACUCACUCCAGAAACAGAUCGGUGAGACUUACCAAGGACGCCCAGUACUGCAACUCGGAAACUGCCUACGUGCUGAAAGCCAUCCGAGACAAGCUGUCUCCCAUCAGAGUGCGUGUGCGGUCGUCGCUUGUACAAACGGUGUCCUCCCAGUCACUACUGCUUCCUGUGCUCAACGCUUCCAGACCUAGCAACGUCACACAUCAGGUUCACAUUCGAAAGAACUGCGGCGGCGAUGGGGUGUGCGUGCCAGAUCUACGACUUAAGGCCACUGCGAACAUGGACGAGUUCCUGAUCGGCAGCACAGGCAACGUUGAGCUCAGCGUCAGCAUCGACAACCGAGGGGAGGACGCUUUCGAGUCUAUGAUGUACCUCAGGUUCCCUAGCGAUCUCAGCUACGUGAAGGUGGACAAGGGCAAGCUGGACGCCGUGACGUGCGGUGGUCCACAAAAGCAGGCCUCUGGUGACAGUCACCUGGCGUGCGACGUGCAAAACCCUCUGCCAGCAGGAAAAAAGGUGCGCUUCAAGGUGCUUCUUGCCCCGGCAGGACCGGUACCCAAGGCCUCGGAACUUAACCUUACCGUGGUCGUUAACAGCACCAAUCCCGAGGUCACCGAAGCUACGGGGGAUAACAGUGUCACGCUGCGACUGCCUGUGAUGGUGAAGGUGAACAUGACAGCUCGCGGCACGUCCUUUCCUCCGGAGGUGUACCUCAACGCCUCCCUCAUCGAGGACAAGGAAGUGCAGCAGGCUGCAGACAUCGGACCUCCCGUCAAACAUGUGUACGAGGUGAUUAACCGUGGGCCCAGCGUGGUUCGCGAGGCCGAGAUUUACCUGGUGUGGCCCACGCACAACAUCCACGGGGACCCGCUUCUCUACCUCCUCGAGCCUCCCGUGCUCCAGGGCGCCGGCCCCAACGCCAAGCGGAGACCCUGCGACGUCGUCUCACCAAGAGCGCCAGGCGAGGCGGUCGACCCCAAGCGAUUAGCGGCUAAUUCCAGAAGACCCCGCGAUGCUGACGAUUCUUCGGGUGCCAGGAUUCCACGAGACGCGAGCGAACUAGAACUCGAGGACGAAGUGGGUUGCGGCGACCUUCCCCGUUGCGCGGUGUUCCGCUGUUUCACGGGCCAACUGACGGCCGGCGAGCGGUCGGUAGUGACCGCCGAGUCCCGGCUCUGGCAGCGAACGCCGGCCUCGAUGGGCCAGGAACACAUGCGGAUCUCCUCCAAGCUGGUGGCACGCGUCACCCGCCUCUUGUACGACCUGCCAGUCACCAGCAUCAAGCACACCGUACACUUCGUGAGUUGUCCUAGCUUCGAUGUCGCACAGACGAGAGACAUUUCGUCGACAGACACACGCGAACUGCCCAGUUGAGAUGCUCCAACCAAA